AUGUCUAAACGUGGAGAGGUAUCUGAGCUGGUCAGUUCCUUGGGCUGGCUAGAGGAGGACAUGAGCUCCCAGGAUGGAGAGGGAGGUCUAGAGAUGGGGGGGCGCUAUAGCCUGGGCCCUGAGGGCCUCGGAAGCAUUGGGCAUGGCAGCGAAGGCAUUGAGGAUCAGGAGGAGGAAGACAUUUAUAAUGAUGGUGAUGAGGAGGCUGGAAUGGACGGAGAGAACGAGGCUCCAAAACGGAGGGGCCCCAAGAAGAAGAAGAUGACCAGAGCCAGACAGGAGAGGUUCAAGGCGAGACGCAGCAAAGCCAAUGCCCGCGAACGCUCCCGCAUGCACGGGCUAAACGAUGCGCUAGAAGUGUUACGCAAGGUCAUGCCCUGCUACUCCAAGACCCAGAAACUGUCCAAGAUCGAGACCCUGCGGCUGGCCCACAACUACAUAUGGGCCCUGUCUGAGGUGCUGGAGAGCGGUCAGUCCCCAGAGAGCCACGGCUUCAUAGAGAUGCUGUGUAAAGGCCUGUCCCAGCCCACUAGCAACCUGGUGGCUGGGUGUCUCCAGCUGGGGCCUUCAGCCCCCUUGAUGAUCAACAAGCUGGAUGAGAAGCCCUGUGGCGCUCUGGGAGUCGGGGGUGGUCUAGGGGGCCAGCCUUGUGGUCAUCAACCACUGAGUGGUCACUACCCCUCUACAGGCCUGCCUAGCCCUCCCUACGGUUCACUGGAGGCCUCCCACCUACUCCACAUGAAAAGCUUCAAGGGAGUGCCCUACGAGCAGCACCCCUCCCCUAAAGAUUGUAGUAGCAACGGCACCCCCCCUUAUGACGGGCCCCUCACUCCUCCCCUCAGCAUCAGCAGCAACUUCACCCUGAAGCAAGAGCCCUCCCCCCACGAGGCUGAGAGGAACUACCCCUCCCACUACCUCUCGUCCCUUCCCCAUUAUCCCCCCACCUCUCUGGGCGGGCUGCCAGGGCCUCAAGCCUACCUCUUCCAGGCCUCACGCUACGAACUGCCCCUAGACAUCCAGGCCUUCGACUCCUUCCCUCCACCACACAUGAUCGCCUCACAGAUGGGCACCAUCUACAGUGAGUGA